AUGGCCAAUGCGACUCCAUUAUUAAUGGCGCAUAUAUAUGAUGAUAAGCAGGAGAUUCUUCGCACGGCGCACUUCUCCCUAGACUUCCUCUCGUCGGCGGCUGAGUCUAGCGAUUAUAGCGAUGAUGCGCGAUACUUCGAAUCUGUUUUAACAGAGUCUAACACCCAGCCAACGGUCUCAGAGCUUGCAAAGGCGUGCCUCUCACACUGCUCUCGACGGCACGACUGCAAUGCUCGCGAUGAUCGUCCUUUCCCGACUCGGGUUAUCGAUGUAGGGGGACUGGACAAGGAUACAUUACGUCUCUAUACACCAACCAUCUCUGAGCGUGGGAAAUAUGCCGCUCUCUCAUACUGCUGGGGCCGCUCCAAGCCGUUCGUGACUAGGCUGAGAACCUCAAAGACCACCAGGACGGCUUCUCUCUGCAGUCUUUGCCACGAACCUUGCGAGAUGCCGUUCAAGUCACGCGAGACGUUGGGGACCGACAGCCUGGCACACAGCGAUUGGGCUAGCGAGGUCAGGAACAUGGAUCGCGUGUAUAGCAACGCCUAUGUAACCAUAUCAGCUGCUGCUGCGAGGCAUGCCAAUGAUGGUCUUUUCACGAAAGGUAGAUGCCUCCUGCCCAGUAUGGGAACUGGUGGAUUUGUAUCUAUUUCUUGGACCAAAGCACCGCUCGGAUUCAGACAUGAGCCACUAUACUCACGAGCAUGGGCAUUACAGGAGCAUAUUCUGUCACCUAGACUCCUUAUCUAUACCAGAUUUGGUCUGGUCUGGCAAUGCGACCAAGCAAAACUGGGAAAGCUCAUUGACAGCCGAAAUAGUUCACUCUCAAAAGCGUAUACUUACAGGCUACCCGACAGCUGUGGAGUCCAAGAUUGGAAUAGACUGGUUGAAUUUUUUUGUUCUCGAGACUUGAGCAAGCCGAGAGAUAAACUGCACGCUAUUGCAGCUCUCGCGCAGAGAUACCACGAGGCCACCGGCGACCAAUAUCUUGCAGGGCUUUGGCGGUCGACCAUGCUAUGCAACCUUUUAUGGUUUCACCACCCAGAGUGGCUUGUUUAUCCGACAUCUAUGGACCACAGACCAGAUGAAUAUCGAGCCCCUUCCUGGUCAUGGGCGUCUAUAGAUGGGACAGUAUUGCUGAGGACGCGCACAAAUGGGCCUGGCCACGCCGAGAUUGUAGACUGCCAAGUGGAAUUAGCAGAUCCUGAAAACCCAUUCGGUGAGGUCACUGCGGGGAGUUUGCGCAUUCGUGGACCUUUGAUAGAGGUUCGAUGGAAGAAUACUGAUGGUCAGAGUCUGCCAAAGGUUUACACAUGUAACAGGACCGGUCCAAGUGUGAACGAUGCGAUUCUUGGCGACCUCUUUUUGGACGAGCCCAGGAAUGGACCUCAGUCAUCAAGGGAACUGGUCUCUUCAGUAUGCCUGCUAAUUGGAGAUCGAAAUAGACAUCACGCUCUCAUGCUUCGUCUAUUACCAGGGAGUAAGGACACGUACAGUAGAAUUGGACUAGUUCGGAAUGACGAAAGCGCUGCUCCAGCUGUAUGGCGAGACGUGCCUGUCGUGGCAAUUACCAUUGUGUGA